AUGACCAUUUAUUUCCUGGGUAUUAUAGUCUGUUGCUACCUUUCAUCGUUUGAGAACAAUACCCAUUGUCCAACGGACGCUAACCCAAAUACUAGCUAUAUUCAUAUCCCAUUUUGGAGACCACGCCGUGAUUAUUUAAACUCUCUCUGUUAUUUAUUACUCUGUUCUCUUGUUGUCAAUCUUGUUUCUUGCUCGUCAUUCUACAAUUCAAAAUCAUCUAGUACAAGUGCUCCCUUACAAGACGUUCGUCAGUCUAUGAACGCUGCCUCUGUUAGUCGUAUUAGCAAGUUUCUGGCUAAGCCCAAAGUCUUUUGUGGUGACGCUUCUAAUCCUAUGGUAUGGUUACACUCCAUGGAAAGAAUCUAUAAUGAAGAAUUGGAGAAUCUACAACAAGGACCCCAUCAAAGCAUUGAUGAUAUCAAACUUGGUAUUAUGGAGUUGGCUACCUUACUGGGUGUGCCUGCCGCAGCCAAAAUUCCUUAUUUCAUGCAUGCUAUUAGCAAGCGUAUUGCCUUACGUGUGUCUGAUAUUAAUGCCUCUUUGUCUGAUUGGAGUGUAUAUCAAGAACCUUCUGGUUUACGUACUGGUGGUGAUGCAGCUAGUGUAGUCUCAUUGAACUCUAUUGCUUCGACGGUUGAAAGACUCUGUCAAGGUUUCGAUUCUUUACAAUUACAAAUGAAUACUAGUGGUAACAGUGCUGCCGGAAGUGUUCGUAGUACAAACCAUGUACGUAUUGCGGAGCCUGCCAAGGGUUACACACCUUUAAGUGAACGCCAAUGUUAUAAUUGUCAAGAGUAUGGUCAUCUAUCUACGUUCUGUCCAAAACCUCGUCCCACUCGUAAUCCUACUGGUAACACUCCGGCUUCUGGUGCUAAUGCAACGCCUAUUGGUGGUGAUAACAAAGCUGAGAAUGAAGAGGCGGGAAAAGAGCAAGGACGUUAUUAG